AGUCACUCUCGCAAGACUUCACGAUAUUUGACGUCACCCGGUCACAUCCGGGCAGUUUCAUAAGCGUAGCUAUCCGUCACGAGAACUAGAAAUGAAUAGCAAACAAAAUCCCUCCUUGAACCGUGGACUCACAGUUCCCUCUCACUCCCACCAACAACGUGCCAUCAAGAGCUUCUCGGGAUCGUGACAACAACAACCAAGUCGUAGGAGCUACUCAACCGUCACCAACAAGCAAGAUGUCUCUCAACAAGCGCGCAAACAACGCGCUCAAUACCAAUAGCUACACCGUCAAUGGUAUCAGUCAAGCUGUCAACAACCAGACCCUCCAGAUCACCACCCAUGGCUCCGACUGGUACUGGGCGGUCUGUGCCGUGAUGGUGUGCUCGACGUUUGCCUUCAUGGGCCUCGCCGUCACCAAGCCACGCACUCAGCGCAUCUUCCACUACAUCACCGCUGCAAUCACUAUGGUGGCCUCCAUUGCCUACUUCUCUAUGGGCAGCAACCUCGGCUGGACUCCUAUUCCUGUCGAGUUCCACCGCAACACCCCUCAGGCACACGGCAACUAUCGCGAGAUAUUCUACGUCCGUUACAUCGACUGGUUCAUCACCACUCCGCUGCUCCUGCUCGACCUGCUCUUGACUGCUGCUCUGCCAUGGCCCACCCUCAUGUACGUUAUCCUCCUUGACUGGGUCAUGAUCGUCACCGGUCUUGUUGGCGCACUCGUCGCCAGUGGCUACAAGUGGGGCUACUUCGCAUUCGGCUGCGCCGCUCUUGCCUACAUCGUCUACGUGCUCGUCUUCGAGGCGCGCAAGCACGCCAACGCCAUGGGCCGCGAUGUCGGCAAGGCAUUUACAUACUGCGGCUCCCUCACCACCCUCUUGUGGAUCCUCUACCCCAUCGCGUGGGGUCUGUGCGAAGGCGGCAACGUCAUUCACCCGGAUUCUGAGGCCAUUUUCUACGGCAUUCUCGACCUCUUUGCAAAGCCUGUCUUCGGUGCUCUUCUCAUUUGGGGCCAUCGUGGCAUCGACCCGGCUCGUCUCGGCCUCCACAUUCACGAUUAUGACGAGAAAGAUUUGGCCAUUGAGAUGAAGAGACCUGGCGCCAACGGCACCAAUGGCCACACCAACGGUAUUACGAACGGCAACUCCACAGAGCAGACCGUAUAAGUGAAACCGACACACGGGUCUAGUGCCUCAACUCCACAUCGCCUCCAUCACUCGAAAUAGAGUAGGAAUGCAACAAGGCGUACGGCUUUACAAGAUGGCAGGUUGGCGUUUGUUACGUAUACCCCCAGGCGGUGUUUAUACUGCUUAAUGAGCUUUGUGCAUCGAUUACUGCGAUGCUUAAUGGUUAGGUUCCGUUGUACGAUACGUAGUUAAUUAUAAUGGGUCACAUGUUCCUUCCUGACGCCGU